AUGGCACCAAAUACAUUCAAACAGUGGACCCUAAGCGAUGUAAAUGGGCUUGAGUCUCUUCACAUCUCUUCCGCCACUAUACCAUCAAUAAUCAACGACUAUGAUGUACUCGUCAACUUCCACUUUGCAUCCCUCAAUUAUCGAGAUAUCUUGAUUGCACAAGGUAAAAAUUCAUUUCCGCUGAAAAAGGGUGUCGUUCCUGUAUCCGAUGGAGCAGGCGUCGUUGUAUCAGUAGGUCCCAAGGUUACGGCGUUCCGUGCCGGCGACAGGGUUGCGCCGACCUUCAUGCGAGACCACAUAGCCGGCCCAAUAACCCCAGCGGCUGUCCUGUCAUCACUCGGUGCAGUUGUGGACGGAACUCUCAGGGAGUACGGCGUAUAUCCUGAGCAUAGCCUUGUUCGUAUUGUGGAUAGCCUAAGCUUGCUGGAGGCUAGUUCACUUCCGUGUGCUGGCGUUACAGCAUGGACCUCACUCUACGGGGAUCGUCGUAUGCAGCCCGGCGACGUCGUGCUUACACAAGGGACCAGUGGAGUUAGCUUAUUUGCCUUGCAGUUAGCAGUCGCAGCAGGCGCUACGGUUAUUGCUACGACAUCUUCGUCCGAAAAGAUUCAACUUUUAAAAAGUUUAGGGGCCACGCAUGUGCUCAACUACAGCCAGGACAAGAACUGGGGUGAGACGGCAAAGAGUCUGACCAGGGAUGGGGCCGGCGUUGAUAUUGUCGUAGAGGUUGGGGGGGCGUCGUCAGUGCGCCAUAGCCUCAAGGCUGUCCGCAUGGGAGGGAUCAUCUCCCUCGUUGGCCAUCUCGACUCAUCUGAGCCGCUAGAUCCGCCAUUUAAUCCAAUUGAGGUGCUUGCCAGCCAAGCUACCAUUCGAGCUAUCGGAGUGGGCAACCGCCAAGAUUUCGUGGCUCUCAUGAGGGCCAUUGAUGCUAGCCACAUCAAACCCGUUAUUGACAAGAAAGUUUUUAGAAUGGACGAGGCCCGUGAGGCGUAUCAGCAUAUGUUGGACCGAAAACACCUUGGAAAGGUUGUCAUCGACUUGAGGAGCUCGCAGCAACUAACCGGUUGA